UUAAAAUUUUUAAAUCCAUCUACUAAAAUUAAUCAUGAGAAAACGAAGCCUCCACAAAUUUUAAGCAUCCAAAUGUCAUCAUGCUAACUUUCUUACCUGAUUUUUUAAACGUAGAAACUAGAAGCACCACAUUAACCACACACUUUCAUAAGUUUUUGUCCCAUUUCAUGCUCUUCACAUUUUAUAAUCCCUCUAUAUUAUUUUUCAGCUUAAUUAAAAUUAAUAAUCCAUUUUUCUAAAUAUAUCAACCUACUUCAUUUACCAACCCACCUCUACAAAACUCAACUGAAGCUAUGGCAAUCGAGGCUUGGUAUAUGGAUGAAAGUAAUGAGGACCCAAGGCUUCCUCAUCAUCGAAACCCAAAAGAAUUUGUCUCCCUUGAUACCCUUUCCGAAAUUGGUGUUUUACACUGGAAAUUGAAUGCUAAGGACUAUGAAAAUGAUCCUGAAUUAAAGAAGAUUAGAGAUGAGAGGGGUUACAACUAUAUGGAUAUUCUUGAUUUGUGCCCUGAAAAGGUGGAGAAUUAUGAGCAGAAGCUGAAGAACUUCUUCACAGAACACAUACAUGCAGAUGAAGAGAUACGCUAUUGCUUGGAGGGAAGUGGCUACUUUGAUGUACGAGAUAAGGCAGACCGUUGGAUUCGGAUCUGGCUUAAAAAGGGUGAUAUGAUCAUACUUCCUGCUGGAAUUUACCAUCGUUUCACUCUUGACACCUCUAACUAUGUGAAGUUGAUGAGGCUUUUCAUAGGAGAACCAGUGUGGACACCAUAUAAUCGGCCACAGGAGGAUCAUCCAGUUAGAAAGGAGUACGUAAAGAAUUUGGCAGAGAAAGCGAGGAUGCCUGUUUCUGCUUACUAGUCAUUCGAUCCAUACCUUGUGGUUGCUCUUGGGUAUCAAAAUUAUAUAGGUAUUCUGUGACUGUAAUCAUUGAUAUGCUACAGCUAUUGCUGCUUGUAAUGUGUAUUGCUGCUUUUUUGUGGACAGUAGUAGGAAGUAAUAGUGUAAAAAAUUCUACACAAUUAUCGUUAUUAUAUAUUGCUAUUUGUAAACUUUCUAAGUA